ACACCGGAGCCUGACACAGCACUGACAACGCCACCAGCCUGCUACGCUUUGCUCCUCCAUGCUGGUGGAGAUAGAUGUACAACUAAUAUUGAGACACACUCAUUUUCGAGAUCAUUGAUAAACUGCCUCUGGCUCUGUUUGGCUGGCUGGGAUGUAAAAAUAUCUUUCUUAUGUAAUCCAGUGCUUGUAGUUUUAGGAUCAGUUUAUUUAUAAAGCAGGGUUUUCGUAGUUUUUUUUUUUUGAGACCCUAAGUGUGGAUAGAUCAUGAGAGCAAGGACAUGAUCUACUGCAGUAGUCAUUUAUAGCCUUUGGGAGAUUAACCCACAGUAUGGCUCAUCAGCCAGGUAUCGAUGUGUGAUUUCAUGGGAAAAUAACCUGGUACUUAUAUAGAUUUAACUCACCUGGAAACACAGGUGUGCUGAUUGGAAUACUUACCUGGUGUCUAUCUUGCUGUAUUCUUUAAAGCAGAAGAAUUUUAUUUCGUGCUGUUGGAGGUGAUUUUCUACGGUUUCAACAUGCUGUCAUUGUUUUUCGAUAUUUGCCAAAUUUUUUCUACAUAUAUGUGAAGUGUUUUGUUGUAAGGAAAUAUACAAUUCUUUGUGAAAAUUUGGGUGAAGAAUAUGCCAACAUACGAAUCUGAAAGGCCAAAUCAUCAGUCAACUAGUCCAGAAUCCUCAGGUGUGAGGCAAAAAAAAGUAGGAGGAGGGCAUGGUAAGGCUCGGCAAGAUAAUCAGCUUCAACGUCAAGCUUCUAUGACAAGGGAAGGGGGACACGAGGACAAGAUUCGCCGCCAGAUGCACAAACAGGAGAGUAAAGACAGUGGUAUUGUAACUGAAAUGUACACUCGUCCUAAAGACUUCCCUGAUACCUCUAGUCACCAUAACAAGGGAGCUGUCUCCAAAGAUCUGGCCUCGCCACGGUCCGAUAAUAGUAGUAGUAAAGACAUGCCUAAAGAAAUGACACGCUCAGAAAAGGGGGGCAGUUCAAAACCUCGCAGGACUGAGUCAGCCAAACGGUCAUCCAGUCUUAAAGGAAGCAGUAAAAAACGAAGUGGUAGUUUGAAACAUACGUCAGCAGAAGCGGACCACCAAGCCCAUGGAGGGCCGGAAGAGUCAGAGAUCGACCUGUUCACAUCCAAACAGAAUGGCUCAGUGGAGGACAUGUCAGACAAGAAGUCAGCAGCCUCCAUCAAGGGCAUGUGGAAGAAAGCCGUCAAAAACCUCAAAACUGCAUCAGAAACCAAAAUAAUCAAGAAAGGCAGUUUUAUAAAAAAGAAGCAGGUCUCCACGGAAUCAGAUGAACCAGAACCUGCACCAUCAGGAGAGAUCGACCCUGUGUACAGUUUACUUAAGUGUGCAGCAGAUCUGCCAAAAGGCGGCCCCAAGGCAUGUGGUGUUCACAGUCAAUGUUCAGGUCACCAGAGUUCUAUACGGCGAGGCAGCCCCGGGGCAGGGGGAGACAGCAGUGGCAACACUUCAAAAACUUCCAGUCCCUCGUCAUCAGCGAGUCACAGUCCAAAAGGUCGCCGAAAAAAACUGAAUGCCCGCAUGAAGAGUUUCUCCUUGGAUACACCUGAACCCUCCAAACACCACUUGGGAAUUGAUGAGAUCACGAAGAAGAAAAGCAGUUCCUUUACUAACACAUGUUUUGGAGCUGGCUCUUCUAGUCCUGUAGACAAAUAUUCCGCCGCCAAUCUACGUAAGAAAUUUGCUGCCAGUGCCAAAACUACAUCACUUGACAUCGAGGACAAGAGGAGAGGAAGUUUUGUACCAUCUCCAAAGGAAUCUCCAAAAUCGCAAAGGAAACAAUCAAAGGAAAGCAACACGACAGUUUAUGUAGCAUUAUAUAACUUCAGGGGGAAAGAGAAGGAUGAUAUGGAUCUCAGGGCAGGAUGGAGACUUUUCAUUGUCGACAGCUCUGAUCCAGAUUGGUGGAAGGGAAAAUGUAAUGGUAGGGUAGGCUACUUUCCAGCAAAGUAUGUGAUACCACUACAGUUUGCCCAGCGGGUAUAUCAGGUCACACAGCCCAUGCAUUUAACUGAAGGUGGUAACGGCAUGAAACUGCAUAAAGAUCAGAUUGUACUGCAAGUGGGAGAUGAGGUUGAGAAUGGGAUGAUCUUGGUGAGGUCAGCCAGUAAUAAACAGGCUCUUUGUCCUGUUAAAUACCUCAACGAAGUGUAGCGCAUGUGUCGUCUGCUUUCUUGUAAAUACCUCAACGAAGUGUUACCUACGUGUCGUCGCGUUCCAUUGUUUAGUUACAUCAGCAAAGUGUAGACCAUGUGUCGCCUGUCAUCUUGUAAAUACCCCCAACGAAGUGUUAACCACGUGUCGUCGCGUUUCAUCGUGUAGAUACAUCAGCAAAGUAUAGACCGUGUGCAACGAAGUGUUACCUACGUGUCCUCGUAUACAUCAGCAAAGUCUAGCGUUUGUGUCAUCUUCCAUCGUGAAAAUACUUCAACGAAGUUUUGCUUAAGUGUCGCCGCAUAUCCUUGUGAACCAUUGUGUCUUCUACCAUCUUGUAAAUACAUCAACGAAGUGCUACCUACGUGUCGUCACCUAUUAUAGUAUACAUAGAGAUAUCAGCAAAGUGUAGAGCUUGUGUCGGCUGCCAUCUUGUAAAUACUUCAACCAAGUGCUAUCUAUGUGCUGUCGUCUGGAUUUUGAGUACUCCUCAACAAAGUGUAGCCUUUAUAUCACCCCCUACCCUCGUGUGAAUACUUCAACAAAGUGUAGCCUUUAUAUCACCCUCUACCCUCGUGUGAAUACUUCAACAAAGUGUAGCCUUUAUAUCACCCCCUACCAUCGUGUGAAUACUUCAACAAAGUGUAGCCUUUAUAUCACCCUCUACCCUCGUGUGAAUACUUCAACAAAGUGUAGCCUUUAUAUCACCCCCUACCAUUGUGUGAAUACUUCAACAAAGUGUAGCCUUUAUAUCACCCCCUACCAUCGUGUGAAUACUUCAACAAAGUGUAGCCUUUAUAUCACCCCCUACCAUCGUGUGAAUACUUCAACAAAGUGUAGCCUUUAUAUCACCCCCUACCAUCGUGUGAAUACUUCAUUAAAGUGUAGCCUUUAUAUCACCCCUACCAUCGUGUGAAUACUUCAACAAAGUGUAGCCUUUAUAUCACCCCCUACCAUUGUGUGAAUACUUCAACAAAGUGUAGCCUUUAUAUCACCCCCUACCAUCGUGUGAAUACUUCAACAAAGUGUAGCCUUUAUAUCACCCUCUACCCUCGUGUGAAUACUUCAACAAAGUGUAGCCUUUAUAUCACCCUCUACCCUCGUGUGAAUACUUCAACAAAGUGUAGCCUAUAUGUCACCCUCUACCCUCGUGUGAAUACUUCAACAAAGUGUAGCCUUUAUAUCACCCCCUACCAUCGUGUGAAUACUUCAACAAAGUGUAGCCUUUAUAUCACCCCCUACCAUUGUGUGAAUACUUCAACAAAGUGUAGCCUUUAUAUCACCCCCUACCAUUGUGUGAAUACUUCAACAAAGUGUAGCCUAUAUAUCACCCCCUACCCUCGUGUGAAUACUUCAACGAAUUGUUCCCUGUCGCCACCAGUCAUUAUGUAUAUGCCUCAACAAAUACAAUCAUAUGUCGUGGUAUGCAAUUGUCCAGUUAGUUUAUACGCGUGUCAUCACUUACUGUGAUUAAAUAUUUCCACAAAGUCCCCGAGUUGUUACCAGCCAUUGUAUAUAUCAUCACGGAUGUCGAAUACUAAUAUAUAUAUAUAUAUAAAGGCUUCAUUUCUUAUAUCUGGAUAUGUACUCUCGUCCGUAAUAAGGACAAUGUCAAACUUACAAAGUCUCUUCACUAAUGAAAUUCAUUCAACGUUGAUACCAAAUGGUGAAAUCGUUAGUGGAUGUUGACAUUUCAUCUUGAGAGAGUUUUUCGUUUUCAUUAUUUUUUUUCAACUCUGUAUAUGAUAUAUUUCUUCAUUUUAAAACCAUUUUUUUUUUCAUGGCGCACGUGAGUACCACAUAUUUAAAAUAUGGAUCUGACUUACCGGAGCGUCAACUUGUGUACGUCAAGGUGAUAUACCAGUUUUCACUGAAGAAUUAUUGAUGUAUUGAACUUUUCCAUGUUUAUUGAAACUUCCUUUAACCUCGGUAACUUCGGAUUCUUUCGUUGAGACAGUGCAUACUCCUAAUUAUAAAACAAUCUUGAAUAUUUAUCAAAGGAUGAAGUCAGAGCAAAAUAACACUAAUAUUGUAUAUAUUGUUUAUAAUGGUCUCCUUUCUGGGUGACGAUAUGCCGUUGUAUUCAGAUACAAAGCUUUUGUAUGUUAUUUGUCGUACUUGAAAGGUCCAUGUAUAACAACUGUGAUUGAUUCCCCCUAUAUCUGUAAGAGCGUGUGCGGUGUCAAAUUUCCUUGUGAUAACCUUGUUUCGAGCUCUAAUAUUCACUUUGGUGUAUAGAUCUGUACAAAGAUUGGGUGACGUAAUAAAUUACCUACAUACAUGAUUCAUCACAUAUAUAUCAAAGUUAGUAAACCCUAUAGAGAUAUUGUUACUGUAUAAACAUUCCAUGUACCUUUGUGUGAAAAAAGAACUAAUGACAAAUGCUAGAAGUGAUUCAGAAAUCACUAUUUAACAAAAUGAAUAUAUUGAAAUAUUAUUCUCUCCUAUCAGAUGUUGUCCCACCACGUGCCUCCCUCACUCGUGUUAUCACAUACAAUAUGAAUCACGUGUCAAACCAAUACCAGACAUGUUUUACACCUGUGAUACUGUUGGAUUUAUUAGUUAUUUAUAGAAUUAUCAUCGUUAUUAUUUGCUGAAUUAUGCAUCAACAAGUUGUGUAGAAUAUUUAGCCACGCUGAACAGAUAUGUUAUUGUUUUAAGGUGAAAGUAACAUGUACUUAGGUGUCUUGUUUGGCAUCCGUCUUCCUGAUAAUCUAAGUUUAUUCAUGAUUUUUUCCUCAUUUCCCCCUGUCCAGUUCAGUUUAUUGUAGCUUUUCGUCAUAUUAACAGCCAGGAUCAUUUAGGGAUUUACCAGGUUUGGGUGGUAGAAGAAAGCAGUACCUGGCACCUGCUCCACAUACCCUCAAACCCGCCACCUAGAGGUGGUAGGCUAGUGAUAAAGACAGUCACACGCCGUCAUCAAACUAUUGCUUAUGUCAACUUUAUUUGUAUAUUUGUCAAUUGGCAAUCGUUCAUUUACAAAGAAAAUUGUGAAUAUUUGCCCACUGUUAAUGUAUCUAGGGCGACUGUGUGUAAAUAUUCCAAACCAUCCAUGAACAUCACUGGCUAUGUAUCUGUAUGUGAAUUUUCCUCUCACGAUCAUUGUUUUUUGGAAUGUUUUUGCAAAUUUUACCAGAUAAUUCAGUGUCUAGUGAACUUCUUCAUACUAGAAUGUAUUUAUAUUCUGACUUUCAGGUCUAUUCUUACCUUUUCCUGGCCACCACGUUUCCGACAUACUUCUGUAUACCUUGUACAUGUUACACAUUCCCUAUCGUUUCUGUUGUAUAUAAUCUCUUUGUUGAGUUUUCGUAUUUUUGUUAAUAAUUUAGUUGAACAUGAAUUGUAUAUCUUGUUACAUAAUUAAGGUUGUUGGUAUGUGGACAUGCCUGUGUAAUGAUAUAAAAUAUGUUAUUAAAUACUGACCGUGUCUAUUUGUGUUCGGUAGAAAGCACGCAAGACAGCGAAUAUGUAUAAAGUUAUGUGAAUGUCAGAACCAGUGUAUAAAGUUGAAUGCAAGUUCAUGUUAGUAAAUUUGUACAUAAGUUUCUUUUUCUUUGCCAAAUUGAUUUUUUGUUUAAAUUACACAAAAACAAACAAAAAAGUGUUGAAUCUAGACUUCCGAGUCUACCAGGCGCUGGGUCGCUGUGCCAGUAACUAUGCGUCUAGGUCUGGAAACUACCGGUGAAUGUUUUCAUCUUGGGGACUGUACUAGGGGCUAGUAGGGUCAUAGUCACAGAAUCAGCGGUUGUAUCUCUGUACUUGGUCACUGUACCAGUGGGAGUGUCUAUAUCUAGGUCUGUCAUUGUACCAGGGGCUUGGUCACUGUACCAGUGAGACUGUCUAUAUCUAGGUCUGUCCUUGUACCAGGGGCUUGGUCACUGUACCAGUGAGACUGUCUAUAUCUAGGUCUGUCAUUGUACCAGGGGCAUGGUCACUGUACCAAUGACGGUUCUGUACCAAGACGAAGUGCAUUGUGCAAACGGUCACUGAUCCAGGAAUUGUUUCCAAAACAUCGACCUAAUGCCUAAAGUAACCUGAGACCCGAUGUGUGUGGUUCGAUUUCUUUCCGGGAUGGUGUUCUCAUGAAGCUGUUAACAUGGCAUACCGUCAUGUAUUGCCGUGAGACACAUCUCUCCAGUUCCCUUGGAUAACAUGUGGUUGGCUUUAUGUAUAGCGAUCUAGACCUUACAGUCUCUAAAUCAACCUGCCUAUUAGCAGGGCUAUUAAUCUAGCACACUCUCUACAGGGGUUUUAAGUGGUGUAAAUGUUCAAACUCAUAUUGUAAAAAUUAUAUGCCGUGACUUAGUUAUCCCCGACAGCCUGAACAAAUAGCAAGCAAAUAAUUUCCCUGACCGAUACUAAUUGGAUUUGAAAUGACAUUAUAUUACCCCGAUUUGUUGUUGCAAAGCUACCAUCACGAUGAUGACAGUUGUGACUACAUUUUCAUCUGUCUCCAAAGUAUACUGCACCACUGAUGACCUCGUAUUUUGUCUAUAAAUUUCCCCAGUGAUCAACAGCUAUCCAUUUAUCUCUCCUAAAUGAAAGAUACAUGUUUGUACAUGCAUAUUUCCAAUUACGCAUGCGCCUUUGUAUAGUCGGUGCGGUCGGUGAAGGCUUCGGACAUACGUUACAUUGAAAUGCAAAGAGUAAUAUUGCUAAUCGAAAAUCAAAUUAUUCACAUUCAAAUAUCGACGAAGUUCAUUAAUGCAAAAAAUAGGGUAUGCAAUUUAAAAUUUUCGUAUGCAUUUUUUUUGUACUAGAAAUUCGAUUUUUGGAAGGCCAUAUAUAUGUAAUUUAUACAAAAAUGUAUCGUCCGGUUGUACAUGGAGAGAUCAGGUGGGCUAUAUAGAGUUUUGCUUGUUUGGUUUGAUAUCUGCCUCGUGAAAGUUGUUCGGUAACCAUGACGAUCAAUAUGGUGGUGGUGGUUUACUACCUUGUUUUCCUACCAGACUUUAAUAGCCCCCACGUGCCAAGACAAUGAAAUAAAUCUACAACAAACA